GAUAAAGAGGAAGAAUUUAGGUGGAGCUGAUGUAAACUCGGGGAAACGUAUCAUGAUCUUCCUUCAGUUUGCAUCCUGGGGACAUGAAGGACAGGAUCGUAAGGACAAUGAAGAACAUGCUCCUUCUCUUGGUUUUGCUGCGAGUAAUAUCUGGAAGAAGAAUCCAGCUGCUUAGGGGCUUACCUGCAACAAGCACCGUGGAAGAAAAUGCACCAGCUGGUGUUGCAGUUUAUACCUUUAAUGUAACUGUUUUUCCGCUGUCUUCUGAGAGUCUUACAAUUUAUCCUACCAUAAUCAAUUCAAAUCCACUUACAAAAGCUUUUGCUAUUACACCCAUAGGAGGUCUUGCAUUCAGGGUUGUAACCACUGGAAACCCUGUCCUAGAUUAUGAAACUAUGCCAAAGAGCUUUGAUUUACAGAUUUUUGUUGAAGAUACAAGUGGGAGAACUGACCUUAACACACUGACUGUCCAAGUACAAGAUAAAAAUGAACCUCCUGUAUUUCAAGGAAAUAUGGCAAUUCAAACUAUAAUGAUCUAUAUCUUGGAAGGAAGCAGAACACCGCCCACAUUUAUUUACCGAGUUGAAGCAGCUGAUCCUGAAAGUGCCCAACUCAAAUAUUCACUGGCCCCUCCAUCAGUGCCAUUCUCGGUCUUCGAAAGUGGAGACAUUUUUUCUGAAAGAGAAUUUGAUUAUGAGAAAGAUCCACAUAGUUACUUUUUAAAUAUAACAGUGACAGAUCCAGAAGGACUCCGUUCUACUAAGACAGUGAAUAUAAAUAUCAUUAACACCAAUGAUGAAAGACCUUACUUUACCACAAAACAAAGAAUCUACAAGAUUCCAGAAGAGCAAAGCCCAGGGACUGUUGUUGCCAAUAUAACAGCUAAAGAUCCUGACGAUGAAGACUUUCCCAGCAGACUUUUCUACAGUAUCCAGUCUUCUGAAAUGUAUUUCUCCAUAAAUCCAUCGACUGGCGUGGUGCAGGUGGCGAGGAGAAUCGACCGAGAAGCCCUGCCGCUGCGGCUUAACCCCAAUAUCUCAGUGAUCGUGCGUGUGGAGGACAGCCCCAGCGGAGGCCAGGCCAGUGAAAUGGAGAUCACGAUCAUUAUCGAAGAUCUCAAUGACAACCCGCCAGAAUGCAAUCCUUCCACCUUCAGGGAAGAGAGAAAUGAAAAUACUACUGUUGGGACAUUUCUUCUUGAUCUUAGAAAUUUCUGUAAAGAUAUUGAUGUUGAUCCACCAAACAAUCUAUUUAAUUUCACUGGACUAUCUGGUUUUGGAAGCAAUAAAUUCGCUCUGGAUUCCAUGUCUGGAAGACUUGUGAUGACGGGAAGUAUUGAUUUAGAAAACCCAAGCAAUCUAGGAGCUGAAGUUUUUUCUUUGACUGUCAGGGUGCAAGAUACUGCCUGGCCUAACUACUCAAAUAUCAUCUACAUUUACAUCAGGAUAAAGCCAGUGAAUGAAUUUUUUCCAGUCUUCAGUAAUUUAUCGUAUGAAUUUAAUGUUUCAGAAAUUACUAAAGCUGGAUCCAGCAUUGGAAAAGUGAACGCCAGAGACAAAGACUGGCCACCCGGUGCCAUCACUUAUUCCAUUGUAGUUGGAGGGGGCACCAGGGAUUACACAAAUAUAUUCUGGAUUGACCCAACUGAAGGAGAUGUGAAGAUCUUAGCUAGAUUAGACUAUGAAACCACUCAAAGAUACCUUCUCACAGUGCAGGCCUCAGACCAAGGGAAGACUGCAACAGUAUCUGUAACUGUCAAUGUUUUGGAAGUAAAUGAUGAAGAACCAGUUUGUUCACCCAAUUUCUACUCAUUUCAAAUCCCAGUUAGCUUAGCUGUUGGGACUAAUAUUAAUGGCUUCAGGAUUGUAUGUCACGAUCGCGACUCUGAUCCCAGGUCUUUCCGUUACUUCAUUAAUGAAGGCAAUGUGAACAAUCAUUUCACCUUUUCACCAAGUGCUGGCUCCAACACGUCUCGGUUGAUUCUUGCAUCUAGGUUUGACUAUGACAGUGGUUUUGAUACAAACUGGAUUUACAGACUGCAUGUCUAUAUAACAGAUGACAAUUUGCUGUCUGCCAGGGACAAAUCUACAGACUUGAUUAAAACUGGAACAGUUACUUUAAGCAUCAGAAUUAUCCCAAACCCAACUACUGUCAUUACCACUACACCUGGCUUUACUCUGGUGACGAAAAGGGAAAAUCUCUAUUCUGAAUCGGCGUGGUACGUGCCGUUCGUCAUCACCCUCGGCAGCCUGCUGCUCCUUGGACUACUGGGGUACCUGGCGUUGCUGCUGGCAAAAUGUGUCCGCACUUGCUGCCCUCCAGCACCCAAAGCAGACAACGCUCCACUGAUAAAUAAUCCAGAAAAGAAGAAACCUAAGAAAGAAGUGACAUUGAAAAUGACAAAGCUAAACACUGUCUUUGAUGGAGAAGCCAGAGACCCAGUCACAGGCAAAAUGUAUGAAUUCAACACGCAGUCGGGGGCCCGGAGGUGGAAAGAGACCAGGGAGCCCCCUCAGCUGGCUCCGCUUGUGCAGGUAACGGCAAGUGCCACAGAAAACGGCGGUGAAGGGAAAGACAGAGCAGUGACUCCAAGCAAAAAAGAAACCACAGAGAAGACGAAAGAGCCAACAGCAAAGACAGAAAUGGCUGCCAAGCCCUCACAAGGGCAAACAGAAACACCAGGCCAGGAUGGGCAGAAAUUAAAGAAGCAGAAAGAGUAGUCUGCGAACCAGGGGUUAUCGUCUCCAGACCGCCAAGACAAACUACUAACCUCCUCUCCCAGAAUGACUGUUGUAUUAUCAUUAUGCCGCCCUUAAAGAACGGUGCAUGAGUCUCUGAGGAGCUGCCCAAGCAGGCAGCAGCUCCUGCUCUAAAGAGCCAAAGAAUCAACAGAUGCUCACAGAUGCUAUUUUCUCUAUAUGUAUCUUAGCUGCAAAACAUUAGGUGGCCACUACUGUGUAAACUGGACCCAAAGGCAGAAACAAGCCGGACUUAACCUUUCCUAUGUGCAAAUAAGACUGAGAGAGAAGGGAAGGCAUCAUGGUAGUCCAUGCAGUGAUCUAGUACUAGGAUCUAGAAUAAAUGCUAAACAGCAGAAAGAAACAUUGGAAUUGAAAAGUUUGGGGAUAAUAGCUAAAAAUAUUUUCUUUUCAUUGACCAUUUUACUUCAGCCCUUCCUCCUCAUCCCUUCUUGCCAUAGAAGUGAACAUGGCUUGAAAGCAGUUUUGGACUGGAGAAAACCCACAGCUUGUUAUGAUAUCUCAGGCUGCCAUGCCUAAUGUUUUCAGCUUAUUUAUCUUUUGAUAUUGAAUGCUAAAUAUCUUUACCUUUGGUAUUUCCUCUGGGGUAUUUAGAGUUUUGCAGAAUCAAGUGGAACACACUCAAAAGAAUAAUUACAGUAAACAUGUGGUGAAAUAAUUUUUUUCCAAGUGUGAGCCUGUAUAAUGUAAGUUCUGUCUAGGAACCUGAUAUAAAACAAGCAAACUCUACAAGAUUUCAGAAAAUUAUUUUAAUCUGAAGAAAAUUAAUUAUAAAUGAUGAUUUAAUACUCAAA